UACAAUGUUUCAUUUCUUGCACUGAAGCAACCGAAAGAGCGGAGCUGAAGAAGACAUGGUAGAAUUCUUGAGGAGGGGGUUUUGCUGGGUUGCAUAGCUUCUAGAGUGAGAAAAGUUGUAUCCAGAAGUUUAUGAGCGAGUUAGGGAUUGAUUCAACAAUAAACAUGGAUCCCAAAAGCGGAGUGAUUGUUACAAAAGAAAGGGAAUGGAUGACGAGAAUAGAGAAUCCGUUUACUUUGAAAGUGGGUCAAGUAUUCACUGGCUUUGGAAUCGGCUGUGGCAUCGGCAUUGGUGUUGGUCGCCCUUUAAACCUUGGUGCAAUACCAAUGAUAAGCCAAGUUAUGGUUGCCACUAGAGGUGCGACGGAUGCUUUCUCUGGUGUCGGAAGGCAUGUUAAUAACUCUUUGCGGCAUUUGGGGGUUAAGAACAUUGAAGCUGGUAUUGGCUGUGGAAUAGGUUUUGGUCAUGGCUUUGGUAUUGGUCUUGCUGUGAAGCCGGGAGUGGUACAUCAGAUUCAAUCAUCUCUCGCUCAACUUGCGGCAAAAGCUAUGAUGAAGCUUGGAAUGGCUCCCAACUUGUCUGUUGGUCAAGGCAUUGUUCCAAAAUCUAUUCAAACUGGCAUGGGGGUGGUGAGUGAGACCUCGACUCACAAUCCUUUGGGAAAUGUAAUGCCGGUACAGCCGAAAGUCCUAGAGAAUUUCAUGCCUAAAGACGGGAAUUCAAGUUUUUUCUCUUCUAAUGAAACUUCAGAUUUGGAAAAGAAUCCUUUAAGGAGUUUAAGCACAUCGUAUAGCAGCCGAACAGAAAAUGUUAUCAGCAAUUUUUUGCAGACUCCACUCUUUAAAGGUGGAGAGAACGAGGCUAAUGAGCUGACUGAGCGCCUAAGGUCAGAGAACAACUUGCUUCACCUGGUGUUGAAACACCAAAAAGUGAUUGAGGAGCUGAUGCAGGAGAAUGAGAAACUUCGUCAAAUACUGGUGGAAGAUUUGAAAGUCUCGCCCGCCAAGCUCCAAGCUAGCUACUCGAGUGGAAUCAAGUCUCCAUGCAGCGAAUGUUUUGAUUGCCGUAGAAAACAAAGAAGAAGGUGAACCCCGAUGAAAUUGAACACAGACAUCUUAGCCGGGUUUUGUCCGAGGUGGGAGCUUGAACUCAAAGUCUUUCCAUAGGAUAUUAAAAUGGGCAACAAAGAGACUGAAUCACAUUUGCAUUCAUUCAGUUGAAAGGUCCUUAUUCUUCCUUCUCAUUUUUUUGGGGGGUUAAUUUUAUACUGUAAUUUUUAUUUACAUCUACCUCAGUUAUGCUUGUUCAAAUCUGCAAUGCAAAAGAAAUUCUUUGGGUCAAUGUUAUUGGUGAGAGCUUAAGUUAUUUGAGAUA